GGUCUCUUACUCCUUAAAAAACCGAAACCGUUUUCUCUCUCUGCAAUGUAGGUCGCCGAACAAUGGCAAACUGUCACCGGAACAACGUCGGAUCCCUCGUUCUCGGCCACCACCCUACAAAGUCCUCCGCCGCUACCGUUAGCGGCAACGUCCGCCUGUGGAACUCCCUAUCCGCCGCCUCCUUCCGCCGCAUUAUCUUCGACGCCCUCAGCUGCGGUGGCGCCGCUUACCGCCGGAAUAAUCACACCGACUCAGCCUCCUCCACCGACGGAUCCGAUUCCGACUCCGAAUGCCCGAAACCUAACCCUAACCCGAAGCGCAAUGUGAGGUCCGAGAAGCUCUCGGAUCUCCUGAGCAUGGCGGAUUCGGAGGUGGACGCGGAAACCGAGACGAAGAAGAAGGAGGAGGCUCUUGACGACCUGAAGCGCCUCGUGUCGGAGCUUCAGGCGGAGGAUUCGCCUCCGGUAAAGCGAGUAGCCGCAGCUUCCGCCGUGAGGAGGCUGGCGAGGGAGGACGCUGAGGUUAGAGUGACGUUCGCAAUGCUCGGAGCGAUUCCGCCGCUUGCAGCCAUGCUCGAUUUAGAAGACCUCGAUUCUCAGGUAGCUUCGCUCUACGCGUUGCUUAACCUUGGAAUCGGAAACGAUGCAAAUAAAGCUGCUAUUGUGAAAGUUGGGUCUGUACACAAGAUGUUGAAGCUAAUUGAAUCUCCAGAUUCUGUGGAAACAUCAGUUUCAGAAGCAAUAGUUGCAAACUUUCUCGGAUUGAGUGCUUUGGAUUCGAACAAACCAAUAAUUGGAUCCUCUGCAGCAGUACCAUUCCUAGUUAGAACCCUCCAGAAUUUAGAUAAUAAAACAAGCUCCCAAGCCAAACAAGAUGCUCUCAGAGCAAUGUACAAUCUUUCAAUCUUCCCAGGCAAUGUUUCAUUCAUUUUGGAAACCAACUUGGUCCCAUUUCUGAUAAACUCCGUAGGAGAUAUGGAAGUAACCAACCGAGCCCUCGCAAUCCUAAGCAACUUGGUGUCAACAAGAGAGGGUAGGAAGGCCACUAGUGCCGUCCCGGAUGCUUUCCCUAUCCUUGUAGAUGUGUUGAAUUGGACCGACUCACCGGAAUGCCAAGAAAAGGCAUCUUAUGUUUUGAUGAUAAUGGCGCACAAAUCUUAUGGCGAUAGGCAGGCCAUGAUUGAGGCUGGGAUUGCGUCGUCACUCCUUGAGUUGUCCCUUCUUGGUACCACAUUGGCACAGAAAAGGGCCUCAAGGAUAUUGGAAUGUUUGAGGGUAGACAAAGGGAAGCAGGUUUCAGGGAGCUUUGGAGGGAAUUUAGGCGCAACGGUAUCGGCCCCAAUCUGCGGAUCGUCAUCGUCUUGUGCAAAGAUGGAUGGAGGGGGAAAGGAUGGUUCGGACGAGGAGGAGGAGAUGAUGAGUGAGGAGAAGAAAGCAGUGAAGCAGUUAGUCCAGCAGAGUCUGCAAAACAAUAUGAGGAAGAUUGCUAAAAGGGCCAAUUUGCCUCAAGAUACUGUUCCUUCAGAUCAUUUUAAAUCACUCACUGCAAGUUCAACUUCGAAGAGCCUGCCAUUUUGAAGAAUCCAUAUGUGAUGGAAGAAAGGGUUACAACUUAGAUCUGGUAUGAGUGCAUGGCUGAGCUGUUGUUGCAAAUAAGUAUGUAUGGCAUUUUGUCCCCACUAUGUAAAUGUUAGGUGAUGGUCCUUGUGGGGUUCUCAUUUUGUAAUGCUAUCUUCUCAUAUUUGCUUUUAAUUUUGUUGACUUUUUUAUGUAAAUAUUCUUAUGUUAAUGUAGUUAUUGGUUUCAUAAAAUUAAUUUAAUUAGGCCACUCUUCCCAUC